AGCCCCGUCCUUGUCUUUCCAACAGAAAGUAAGCAAUGGAGAAAAAAUGUUAUGUUGUUGUCCUUGUUGCUUUCUUCCUCAUUGUUUCUUCAUGUAUGGUAGCUCCAAGCCAUGGGAAGAAGCAAACAGAAGCUCUUGGCCAUCUUUACGAGAUCAAAAUGAAGGGAAGUCAUGUUCUUAAUAAGAGUCCUUUCAAGGCAAUUCACCACAUAAACAAGAGCAGGAUUCAUGGACAAGAAGAAAUGAAAGAGAAAGAUAGAAUUCCAAAGUUGCCUGGUCAACCUCAUGUCCGAUUUUCACAGUACGGUGGGUACGUAACAGUUGAUAAAAAAGCAGGUCGUGCACUUUACUAUUAUUUCGUUGAGGCCCACCAUUCUAAGGAGUCUUUGCCUCUUCUUCUUUGGCUUAAUGGAGGGCCCGGGUGUUCAUCUCUAGCCUACGGGGCAAUGGAAGAGAUUGGACCCUUUCGUGUUCAUAGCAAUGGAAAAACAGUUUACAGAAAUAGAUACUCAUGGAACCAUGCUGCAAAUGUUUUGUUUCUGGAGUCGCCUGCUGGAGUAGGAUUUUCAUACUCCAACACAACAUCUGAUUAUGAUAAAAGUGGUGACAGUAAAACAGCUGUUGAUAACUAUGUGUUCUUGAUAAACUGGUUGGAGAGGUUUCCUGAAUACAAAGAAAGGGAUUUUUAUAUCUCUGGUGAAAGCUAUGCGGGGCAUUAUGUUCCUCAACUUGCACAUACCAUUCUCCUACACAACAAAAAGGCUAACACCACCCUUAUCAAUCUCAAAGGGAUCAUAAUUGGGAAUGCUGUGAUCAAUGAUGAAACUGACGUUAAAGGAAUGUAUGACUUCUUUAAGAGUCAUGCUCUCAUUUCAGAUGAAACUGCGUACAGGAUUUCAAAAUACUGUAAUCUUGAAUCCGAGAAUAACAUGGACGCGGAGUCCAGUACCGAAUGCAAGGCAGCCACUGAUGAGGUUAACAGGGAUACUUACAACAUUGAUAUUUACAAUAUCUACGCCCCCUUAUGCCACGAUUCAAGCCUCAGAGUCCAGCCCAAGGAGCCUUCUGUGGUGAAUUUUGAUCCAUGCAGCGACAAUUACGUAUACGCUUAUCUAAACAGGGCUGAUGUGCAAGAGGCUAUCCAUGCCAAUGUAACAAAACUCGACCAUGGUUGGGAACCCUGCAGCAACAUCAUCACGACAUGGGGAGAUAGCCCAUCAACAGUCAUUCCCCUUUUACGGGAGUUAAUGGCUAACAGACUGAGAGUGUGGAUAUUUAGUGGUGAUAUAGAUGGAAGGAUACCAGUAACCUCAACCAAGUACUCUAUCCAGAAGAUGAAUCUUCCAAUUAAAACUAAGUGGCAUCCUUGGUACCUUGAUGGAGAGGUUGGAGGGUACACUCAGGUAUACAAGGGAGAUUUAACACUUGCUACCGUAAGAGGGGCGGGGCACCAAGUGCCAAGCUACCAACCAAAGAGGGCACUUUCACUGAUCAAACACUUUCUUGCUGGCACACCUCUUCCAGACACGUCAAGAUAUAUCUGAUUUCCUCUCCCCAUUUGUCUAGUUUCUUGAUUAGGUUUAAGAAAAGUAGUUUUUUUAUUAUAUCCCAUUGUUGUUUCCUUCUCAAUUAUUCAAUGAAUCGCAGUUAGUUUUGGGCUUAACCAAACAACUAUUAAAUGCUGGAAA